CGCCGGACCAGACUGUUUAGUUCCACUUUCUUUUCCGUUGAAUUGUGAUCGCGAUAUGCAGCUCAAUCCGAUUAAAAAUAUUAUUUGGCUGUGGGCUCUGUUCUUUUUCGUAUCGCUGACUUACGUGCAAGGACGCAUUGGUCUGGGACCCGGAGCUCAGGAGUGGGACUACGUGGAGGUCCGCGAGGGCGCGCACCUUUUCUACUGGCUCCUGUACACCACGGCCAAUGUGACUAGAUUCACGCAGAGGCCCCUGGUCAUCUGGCUGCAGGGUGGCCCUGGAGUGGCCUCCUCGGGAGGUGGGGUCUUUGAGCAGUUGGGCCCCAUCGACAUCGAGGGCAGGGCGAGGGAAAGCAGUUGGGUGCGGCAUAUGAAUGUGCUCUUCGUGGACAGUCCUGUGGGCACGGGAUUCGCUUACGUGGAGGAGCACGGCCGCUAUGCCAGAAACAACCGGCAGAUAGCCCUCGAUCUCGUCCAACUGAUGAAGCAGUUCUUGGAUAAGUAUCCGGCUUUUCAAAACGUCCCCCUGCACAUCUUCUCCGAGAGCUACGGCGGCAAAAUGGCCCCCGAAUUUGCGCUGGAACUGCAUUUGGCCAAGAGGAGUGGCAGAUUAAACUGCCAACUGAAGUCCGUGGUGGUGGGCAAUCCCUGGACCUCUCCACUGGACAGUGUCCUUUCCUAUGCUCCAUUCCUGCUUCAGGCCGGCAUUGUGGAUGACGAUGGGUAUCGCAGAAUAUCGCGAUUGGCCGGCGAGCUGGCCGGACUCGUUUACUCAGAGAAGUGGCUGCGUGCCCUGAUGAAGGCCUCCGAGGUUCAAGAGGAGAUCGCCUCUAGCUCCGGCGGCGUCUUUAUCUACAACACUCAACGGCGCGUCCACGUGGACGAGGUCUACCGGUACGGUGAGGACCCCAAGAUGAGCCACUUCGUGCGCACCAACGUCACGCGGGCACUGGGACUCGAGAAAAUGCCCGUGUGGAUGGAGCAAAAUUCCACGGUCUUCGAACGCCUCGGCUACGAUAUUUUCAAGCCAGCCAAUCAUAUAGUGGCCAGAUUGCUGGAGGAAACGCCCAUCCGGGUGGGCAUUUACUCGGGAAUCCUGGACCUACUUUGCGCCACGCCCGGCACCGUGAGUUGGAUCCGUCGACUUAAGUGGGCUCGUAGGUCGGAGUAUGCGAGGGCACCGCGUACCGCCUUCCGGAUCGACGGGAUGCUCGAGGGCUACGAAAAGCACGGAGGACGACUAAGCAUGUUCUGGGUCUUCAGGGCGGGACAUCUGGUACAGCAAGAAAAUCCGGCGGCCAUGGGGUACAUUCUGAAGUACUUUACUAACUAUGGAUGAUAUACGAACGCUCGAAAAUAAAUGUUCAUUCUUUCCUCUAGACAAACCUUAGAACUGA